ACGUGGAUAAGAAUCAGCUGAUCGUUAUUCCUCCCGACAGUUUUUGGGAGUGUCUGUCGAUUACAUUAAUUUUUGGCUGUGAACAGAUUUCGAAAUACCUGAAUAGAAUUCGAGGAGUGAGAUCAGUUUGAUAGAACUAAACACCGCGUGAAUUUCGAAGAAUCGCGACCAUGUUCAAGUUAAUACCUUUCAAGGUUUCAGUAGGCUUGUUUAUAAUUUUGGCUACAGUUAAAGCCCACGGAGAUUUUGUAGUUCUUCAUAGCCCGAACAGUGUCUUAUUCAAUGGGAACGAAGAGGUUGAACAAAGUUUGUUGAAAGAAGUUCUGGCAGCAGCUUUGGGCUUCACUGUGAAACUAAGAGGAGUAUGGAGUGGUAUUUCCAUCACAGAUCCAUUCUCGCUUCCAGAGGCCGUCGUAGCCAUUGCCAUCGAAGGUGUAGAUUCCUUGGACAUACCAAGAGGUAAAAAGUAUCCAUUGAACGUGAACGAGGUAGAGGAAACUACUUGGCAAGCCUUGAGAGAACGUUUAGAAGAGAGAGACAAUAACAACACUCUGGUCAGAAUAUCCUUGGGUGAUGGAUUAGAUGCUCUGGGCCAGUCAGCCUUGGGAGAAUUAAAACCGACCCCAAUAGACGAAACUUCGUUAACAGCUUUGAAUCUUAGAAGCGAGGAAGAUAGGAAAUAUCUGGAAGAAGUGCAGCUGCUUCAUGCCAUUGCCAACAAGGCUCCGUCUGCCAUUAAACCAGAUUCCAGGCCCGAUAUCUACUGGCUGGUCGUUUCCGGUCUGCGACCAGUGUUCGAUGCCCAUGGGUCCAACUCGACCAGCUCUAGAGAGGCUCUGACUUUGUUGAACAACGCGUUAAACGUGAUCCACGAUGCCUUUAUCCAAGCCUACGAUGGCCAAGUACUGAUCGUAGCAUUCACGAACGAUGCUAGUCAAGUUCAUUCGCUGACUUUGGACAGACACAAACGGCAGGCCGUAGCCGAUUCAAUAGAAAAUAAAACUACUAAUAAUUUAGAAACAGAAUCUCCUUUGGAAGCUAAACGUGAUCAGAAUAACACUGCGGUGCUAGAUAAUAAGGAAACUAAUAACGAUAACAAUAAUAACAAUGUUAAUAAUGGGGUUAAGAUCAUUAAAAAUCUAGCCAAGGAUUACUCGGACGAUUAUCCAGUGAUUUUCAAUAUUCUAUUGUGGUUCAGUGUGGUAUUUUGGCUGUCCCUACUCGCUAUUAGCAUUACCAUUGCGCAAAUGGACCCUGGAAGGGACUCCAUAAUAUACAGGAUGACUUCGAAUCGUAUGAAGAAGGACAAUUAAUUAAUUGUAAAUGUGUCAACAAUAAUUAUCAGUAUAAAUGCAAUUGUAAUAUUAAAUGUUUAAUUAAGAGUAAUAAGAUUAAGAUUAAUUAUUACUUGUUUUACUGUAAAAGUAUCAUAAAUCAGAUGAAUAAAGAAGGAAUUAGGAACGAA